AUGUCCGACAAGGGUUACACGCCUCGGGGUACCACCGCGGCUCUCCAGGACGAGGACUCGUUUCCGCCCUCGGAGGUAAGGCAAGAGAUGGAGAAGCGCGUGGUGGCUGCCUUCACGUGGUUGAGCAAGCAGCCUGCAAGCAUUCCGUACUGGCAAUGUCCGCCCAGCGACCUGGCCCAGCUGUGCGCACUCACCGACGAGCGCUCCCGCAAGCAGACGGCCUUGACCCACUUCGACGGCAGCGCCUCCGAAGAAGACGAAAAUGAAGAGUGA